AUGCCUGAUCAUGACCGGGAAGCUUUACUACCUUUGUCCAACAAUAGUUUGAAGAAAGCUCCCCAAGAGGACUCUUCUACUUGCUUCAAAGCUUAUAUCAUAUGUACAAUGAUAUUCUUGUGGUCGGGAUACACUUUGAUGGUUCGUUAUACUAGAAGUACAGUUUCAUCAAACUUAUUAUACUCCUCUUCAACUGUUGUGCUUGUGGCAGAGAUCGUCAAACUUUUCAUAACUUUGGUCAUGUAUUGCAGAGAAACAAACUAUCACUUCAGGGAAUUUCAAAUGAAGCUUAAAACUUACUAUUUCGGCGCUCCUAAGGAGAUUUUAAAGAUGAGCGUUCCAUCGUUUGCUUACGCUCUGCAGAAUAACUUAGAUUUCAUUGGUUUAUCAAAUUUGGAUGCGGGGGUUUAUCAGGUCACGGCUCAACUUAAAGUUGUUACAACGGCUCUGUUUAUGAUGGCUUUCCUAGGAAGAACCUUUUCGUCUAGACGUUGGUUAGCCAUAUUCAUGUUGUUUUUGGGAGUAGCUGCUGUGCAGUUGAAUAGCGUUAGCUCUGAAAACCAAAACAACAAUGAGAAUUAUGUCCUAGGAAUUUCUGCUGUACUUAUGACUUGUGUAACUGCCGGAUUUGCAGGUGUUUAUUUUGAAAAAAUGCUGAAAGAUGGUGGGUCAACUCCAUUCUGGAUUCGUAAUAUGCAAAUGUAUAGCUGCGGAGUGAUAAGCGCCUGUCUUGGUUGUUUGGCAGAAGCCGAUAAAAUUUCGGAGAAAGGCUUCUUUUUUGGCUACAACGCUCAUGUUAUUUCGAUAGUUGGUUUUCUUUCAAUCGGCGGCUUAUAUAUUUCAUUGGUUAUGAAACAUCUGGAUAAUCUUUAUAAGAGUUUUGCUUCCGCCAUCUCAAUCAUCAUAGUUGUAGCUUUGUCUUUCAUUCUGUUUAACGGUUAUUCCAUCGGAGUAUUCUUCGUUGUAGGCACAAUCUUGGUCAUAGCAGCCAUAUUACUUUAUAAUUCAGUUAACGAGUAA